AUGGACGAACUACGAUCGGCAAAGAUCCGAGUGAAGUCCAAUUUCACGAAUAUCAAACGUGGAAUACUGACAAAGCUGCACAGUGAGACCACGCCCAUAGACGCCAGAGACCUGAACGCUGGGAUAGAUGCACUGAACAAUGCGGCAGAGGAGGCAGUGCGGGUGAUGCUUGAGCUGUGCAAGCUGAUGAGAGCGGCAGGUCGCCCUACUGAGGCAAUAUACGAUGAGCUGGACGAGCUCCAAAGCAAGUACGAUAACGUGUUGGAGCAGGCCAGCGAAGUGCUCGCCGAGAUAUGCUCCGCGCGGCCCAGUCGUGGAGGGAGAUCUCCAGCGGGCAAGGAGAGAGCCCAGAGAAUUAAGGAAGUGCGGGAUCUGCUGCAAAGAUCGGAGAUCGUUGCUGAGAGCGAGGCUGACAAGGAGGAAAAAAGUGAACAGGCACCAGAAAAAGAAAAAAAAGAGAAAUUUAUGCAUACUGUGCCGAAGCGAGAACCGCACCAGGGACCUGUCGGUCUGGAGUCAGGACUCUUACCGAGUAGUCUAUCUGGGUCGUCGGCACCGAGUUCCUUGAGUGGGACUGCUGCCAGCUCGGGGACUGCUGCCAGCUCGGGGACUGCUGCCAGCUCGGGGACUGCUGCCAGCUCGGGGACUGCUGCCAGCUCGGGGACUGCUGCCAGCUCGGGGACUGCUGCCAGCUCGGGGACUGCUGCCAGCUCGGGGACUGCUGCCAGCUCGGGGACUGCCGCUCGCGCUCCGAGUAGCAGUAGUACUAGUAGCAGUAGUACAAGUACGUCGGCUAGUUCUGUGCCUGCUGCGGCUCCCAUCAGUACGUCCGCUAGUUCGGUGCCUCCUGCUGCUCCCAUCAGUACGUCGGCUAGUUCUGUGCCUGCUGCCGCCUUUAGUAAUAGUAUGUCGUUGAGGUCUGUGCCGGCUGUUGUAACAGCUUCAAGGGGCAUAACCUCGGUUGUAAACUCGGGUCAGGCUGGACCACUGACAGCCAGUGGCGGAGGCAGAGCCACCAGUCAGCCUGUAAGAGCACCAGUGACCAGUACUAGCCUUCCGCCAGCAGUGUCAGCACCGAGUGUAGUGGCACCAGCACCGGUAGCAGCACCAGCACCAUUCGCAGCACCAGCAGCGUUCACAGCACCUGCACCGUACGCAAACUUUCCACCAGGUGGAAUGGUAGAGCCAUGGCGGCAGAUGCCACGAGUCGGCAUUCCAGUUUUCACCGGAAACCGCAAAGAGUACGAGCAGUGGCGAGCUGCCUUCAACGCAUGCGUAGAUGUCUCGCCAGCCAACGAUGCGUACAAGCUGCUGCAGUUGCGUACUUACCUGAAGGGCGAGCCGCUGGAGACGAUCAGUGCCCUUGGGUACUCGCCAGCAGCUUAUGCAACGGCAAAGGCGAAGCUUGAGCGCAAGUACGGCGGCAGUCGAAGACAAAUUGCUCUGCAGCUGGAGGACAUUGAGAGAAUGCCAACCGUCCGCAGUGGUCGCCAGCGCGAACUGGUGCGGUAUUCUGAGCUGCUGGAGAUCGCAAUAGUAAACUUGACAGAUGCAGGGCGUUCCCAUGAGCUGGGUCCGGGAACUCUGUAUAACCAGCUGCUGCGAAAGCUGGAUGAGAAGCUGAUCGCGCAGUAUCAGCGUUGGCUAUUCGUGCAACAGCAGCCAGAAACAGUCACCAUGUUAGCAGUGUGGCUGGAACAAGAGGCAGAGUUCCUGACUGUGGCAGCAGAAACGGCAGACGGGAUCAGCAUAUCCCAGCCAGCAGCGUCAGCACAUGCGCCUGCCAACCGGCCAGCUAAGCCAGGAUCUCACCCAUACAACAGAUCUUUUGUGGCUCGUAGCGGAAAGUCGUGUGAAGUAUGCGGCGAUGUCCAUGGCGUGUGGCAGUGCGACCAGUUCAAAGGAAUGACUGUUGUAGAGCGCUGGGUCAAGGCCAAAGCAGCGCGUCUGUGUUAUCGGUGUCUGGCGAGUGGUCACCGCGGCAACGACUGUGAACGGACGAGAGUUUGCGGCGUUGAUGGUUGCGACUCCACGCACCAUAGGCUCCUGCACGGGCAGCAGCAGAUCAAGAACAGAGAUCCGCCCAAGGACAGACCAAGCACAAAGAAGCAAGGUGUGUACCUCGCCACUGAGGGGGAGGCGCAGGAGUCUCAAGCAGCAGCAACGACCAUGAAAGCCAGUGGCGCUGGGAAUUUGGCUUUGCGAACCGUACCAGUCAUGAUCGGCAAUGGCAACAGACGUGUGCGUAUCAAUGCUCUACUGGACGACGGCAGCACGCAGACGUAUGUCAGCGCCCGAGUAGCAGCAGAACUUCAGCUAAGUGGACCAAGCUCCAAGAUAUCAGUCGGAGUACUAAACGGACAGCGCUCAACGUACGACACCCAGGACGUCGACGUGCAGCUCAGCAGCGUAGAUGGCAGCUGGGAGCGCAAGAUCCAGGCGAACACGCUACAGCAAAUCACUGACAACAUGCACGCAGUGAAUUGGUCAACAGAGCAGCGGCAUUGGCCACAUCUCAAGGAAGUGACAUUUGCCAGCUUGCCGAAGCGUAGAGAGGUAGAUAUGCUCAUCGGCAUUGACCAACCAGACAUCCAUUGUGCGCUGGAAGAGAUACGUGGAGCUCCUGGAGAACCUGUGGCGCGUCUGACAGUGUUAGGGUGGACAUGUGUCGGUCCCACGACGUCGACAAUGGCUAGAUCGUCAUUGCUCCAGUACAGCUAUGCGUCAGUGGUACGAGACCAGUCAGAUGUAAACACAGAGCUCAACCGCACGAUGCAGCGUUUCUGGGAGGUGGAAGUGAGUGGUACCCACCAAGAUCCAGCAAUCGCACUAUCUGUCAGUGACGCAGCAGCUCUGCAGACAGCAACAUCGUCACUAACGCAAUCGGCAGGACGGUACCAGGUAGCUAUCCCCUGGACGGAGAAAGUGUCAGAGCUCAGCAACAAUUUCGGCAUGGCAGCGCAGCGGCUGCGUAACACGGAGAGCCGACUGGCGAAGAAUGAGACAGUAGCGGCAGCGUACAACGGCACAAUCAAGGCGUACGCUGAGAAAGGCUACAUUAAGGAAAUACCGUAUGAUCCAGCCGCCACAACCAGCUGGUAUUUGCCUCACUUUCCGGUAGUUCGGAUGAACAAAGACACCACCAAGGUCCGGAUCGUUUUUGACGCCGCAGCAAAGCACCGCGGCAUCUCGCUGAACGAUGCAAUUCAUCCUGGGCCAAAGCUGCAGCAAGAUUUGUUCUGCAUCCUGCUGCGGUUCCGCAGUCGAUCGGUGGCACUUGUGUGCGACAUUCAGGAAAUGUACCUGCAGAUUGAAGUGGCUGAGAAUGAUCGUCAGCGUCUACAGUUUCUUCAUCGCGACGAGCAGCAGCGCAUCAAGUGCUAUCAGUUCCAGAGAUUGGUGUUCGGGCUGAAUGUGUCACCGUUCUUGGCACAGUUCGUUGUGCGGGAGCACGCCCAGAACAAUGCCAACCAGCUUCCACUAGCGGCCGAGUCAGUACUGAAGUCGACGUACAUGGACGACACCCUCGACUCUGUGGAUGAUGAAGUCACCGCCCUGCAGCUAUACGAGCAGCUGACUCAGCUGUGGGGCUCAGCGUCAAUGAAAGCACGGAAGUGGCUGUCGAAUUCCGAGGAGGUAUUGAAGAACGUGCCGAUCGACGAUAGAGCCUCAGUAAUCGACCUGAGCAGCAGCGAGCUACCGGCAACGAAGACACUCGGAGUGGCAUGGUCCGCUCAGGACGAUGUGUUCUCCUUCAACUUCAGUCCGGAGCAUGAACAGUCCGUCACGAAGAGAGCAUUCCUGAAGAAACUGGCGACAGUGUUCGACCCCCUCGGCCUCAUCGCACCGUUUGUUGUUCAGGGGAAGAUCCUGAUGCAGGAUAUCUGGGCAGCAGGUCUGGACUGGGACGACACGCUGACGCCCACACUACUAGCAGCGGCCACAGAGUGGUUUCAGCAACUGCCUCAUCUCACCAAGGUAGCAGUUCCUCGUUGCAUUCGAUCACGCGGCAGUGACGAUGUGGAGCUGCACGUAUUCGCUGACGCAUCCAGUGUGGCAUAUGGCGCGGUUGUCUAUGCCAGAAGCAAGAGCAGCGACACUGUCCAAGUAUGA